AAAUAGCAGUCAUGGGUUACCUGUGACUUCACACGGCGGGGUGGGAAAAGGCCGAAACUUCAGAGCGGCUUGUCACAGUUUUGCAAAGACACAGGGAAAAAAAAGUCUGAGCUUCUGAGGCGGACGCUCAACUCCGGCACGUCAAGUGGUUGCUGCUUCAGACAAAUCAGUGAUGAUUCCCGAUGCUGAAUAGUCUGCUACCCUGCGCGCUUGCCAGACCGCUCCUGCAUUUUAAUAUCACAGAGCCAACUUUGGGAAGUCCACACUGGCUUUCAGAAAUUGCGGCCGGGCGCCUUUCGCUUUUGCUUUUUAAAUGCACUGGUGUGAUUUUAAAUACUGUUUUACGGGGUGGAUAUAAGGAAACGUCAACCAAAAAAAAGCUGUGACAAAUUGCACCAACUGAAUUAUUAUAGAUUCUGGUGAUCGGCGGGAGAGAAAAUGAAGGGGUGUUCUGACCUGUCGACCCUGAUUGAUUACUUAUUGCAUAUCCCCCUUGGGGACAGUGGAGUACUUGCGUGAACGCACCGUUCCCUUUCGACCCAUGCUUAAGUGUUUUACUUUUUGCUUAAGGGGCAAAAAAGGGGGUCGUGGCUUAACAUUAUAAGGGAAAAAAAAUAACAGCAUCGCCUUAUUGGUUUGUCAGGCAAGAAUCUGUUUCUUUGACAAGCUGUUAUAAAAUCAAGUGGAAGAGCCGGUGAAGAGGAAUAUUCUUGAGAUAACACCCGAGACUUUAUUUAUUUCGUCUCAUUGUUUGUUUCUGUAAGAAUUCAUCAUUGCUCCCCCUUGAAAAUGAAACUUUGGACAAUUCUCCCAUGGCUUUCCUGCCUUGCGAUAUUCGUCUUGAGUUCUGGAUCAGAGUGCGGGACGGUCUGGACAAAGGGAAGAUCUAAAAGGGAAUUGGUGCGCAUUAGGGAAGCCAGAACUACCUUCCCUGGGGCUUGUGCUACACGCUUGCCCCGGGGCAAACGCUCCUUGCCCGGAGUGGACCGCCGAUCGCCUCACCAGCACCGUCGCUCCUCCCAAGCGCAGGAGAGUUCUCUGGGUCGGGGGAAAGCUGUUUAUUUUACGGGCAGGGGAGACCAGAUACGACUUAAGCCCAAUGUGGAGAUACCCCGAGGAAAUUUUACCCUGGAAAUGUGGAUCAAACCGGAGGGAGGCCAGCGAUCCCCUGCUGUAAUCGCAGGUCUAUAUGAUAAGUGCUUCUAUGCCUCCAGCGACCGUGGCUGGUUGCUGGGCAUGAAGGCUGUGAGUGAGCAGGGCAACCGGGACCCUCGCCUGUUUUUCUCUCUGAAGACGGACCGCGCCCACAAAGCCACGUCUAUCACCUCCAAUGCGCGGUACCUCCCCAACCAGUGGUCCCACGUGGCUGUCACCUACAAUGGACUGUACAUGAAGCUGUUUGUGAACGGUGCCCAGGUAGCGGUGAGCCGUGAGCAGUCCGGCGAGGUCUUCAGCCCUCUCACCAAGAAGUGCAAGGUCCUGAUGCUUGGUGGUAACGCCCUUAGCCACAAUUACCGGGGCUCAGUGGAACAUUUCAGCCUGUGGCGCCAGGCCCGGUCCCAGCUGGAGAUUGUGAGGGACAUGCACAGCCGCCAGCCGCAUGGUGACGUUUCUGAACUGGUCUUGAACGAGAUCUUUGAAUACCCAGCGCGCAAGUGGCUAACGGUGAAGGAUGGCUCCUUCCCCCAAGCAGAGGGUGAUUUCGGCAAGGCUGGCCCGGGUGAAGGGGUGGUGGCAGCGUCCCUGGACACAGUUCUGGAGCCGCCUCCGUGUGGCCAGACAGUCUGUGACAAUGUUGAUGUGGCCACCAACUACAACCGCUUCUGGAGUUUCCGCAGACCCAAGACCGUGCGCUACCGGGUGGUCAACGUGCAUGACGACAACGGCCGCAAGCCCAGCGUCACUCCGCAGCAGGUGAACCUGCAGCACCAGCACCUGAACGAGGCUUUUGCCGCCUACAACAUCACCUGGGUGCUGAGCGAGCACAAGGUGUUUAAUUCCUCGCUGCGCGAGCGGCUGGUGCUGGCCAACUGCGACAUCAGCAAGGUGGGUGACGAGGAGUGUGACCCCGAGUGCAGCCACACCCUCACAGGCUUCGACGGAGGCUAUUGUAAGAAGCAGAAGGGCAGCUGCCCCAGGCACAAGCUGGGGAACGGGCGCUGUGACCCCGAGUGCAACUGGGACAACUACAGCUACGACAGUGGGGACUGCUGUAACCCCAACGUCACCGAUGUCACUAAGAACUGCUUCAAUCCAGCUUCGUCCCUCAGGGCUUACAUGGACGUGAAGGAGCUGAAGGAGAUUCUCAAGCUGGACGGCUCCACACACCUCAACGUGUUCUUCGCCAACUCCUCGGAUGAGGACCUGGCCGGGGUUGCCACUUGGCCGUGGGAUAAAGAAGCUCUGACACAUUUAGGUGGGAUCGUGCUGAAUCCCUCCUUCUACGGCACCUUUGGCCACACCCACACCAUGAUCCACGAGAUCGGCCAUAGCCUGGGCCUCUACCACGUCUUCCGCGGCGUCUCCGAGGUAGAGUCCUGCAACGAUGCCUGUCUGGAGACGGAGGCCUCUCUGGAGACGGGUGACCUGUGUGCUGAUACCAACCCCACGCCCAAGUACAAGCACUGCUGGGACCCCGAGCCAGGCAACGACACCUGCGGCCGUCGCCACUUCUCCCACACUCCCUUCCACAACUACAUGAGCUACACAGAUGAUGACUGCACAGACUCCUUCACGCGGAACCAGGUGGCAAGGAUGCACUGCUACCUGGACCUGGUCUAUCAGGCCUGGCAGCCUGCCAGCAAGCCGCCCCUCAUUCCCAUGCCCCCCCAGGUAGUGGGGCAGGACCAGGAUUCCAUCACACUGGAGUGGUUCCCUCCCAUCACCGGUGACUUCUACAACAGAGAUGUGGGAUCAGUAUGUGACAAAUGCACAGAGGGGAGGAUCCUCAUCCAGUACGCCUCCAACUCGUCGUCACCCCGCCCGUGCUCCCCCUCUGGACACUGGAGUCCCCGGGAGGCUGAGGGACCCCCAGAUGUGGAGCAAGCAUGCGAACCCAGUGUGCACACAUGGAGCCCCAAUACAGGCAUGGAGCCCAGCACUGUGGGCCCCCCGCCCUGCCCACUGCAGGGCUGCAUGCUCCAGCUGGAGUUUCCCUACCCGCUGGUGCCGGAGUCUCUCACCGUCUGGGUCACCUUCUUCUCGCCUGAGGAGAGCCAGCUGCCGGCCAUUCACAACAUCCUGCUGCUGACGGUGAGCGGGCAGAACGUGUCGCUGGGGCCGGCACAUGUGUUCUGCGACACGCCGCUCACGCUGCGCCUCUCGGUGCACGAGGAGGUGUACGGCGUGCAGUUCUUCACCACGGAGCAGCACCUGGAGAUCGACGCCACAUUGCUGGCCUCCCGGCCCGACUGCCCUCUUUGCCGUGACUGCCAGCCUCUCCGCUACCGCCUUCUGCGACAUCCGCCAUUCCACGAUGCCCCGCUGGGCCUGGACAUGCCAGACACCAGCCGCAGAUAUGUGGACAGGGAUGUGAAAGCCGGGACAGUUUAUACGUACAGAGUGUUGACCUUCUCUAGAGAGAUGGAGAGUGUGCCUUCCCCUGAACUGACUCAUGAACUCGGAGCGCCUUACUGUGGAGAUGGAGUCAUUCAGAGGUUCCUCGGGGAGGAGUGCGACGACAGGAAUCCUGUGAAUGGGGACGGAUGUUCUAGUCGGUGCAAGAAGGAGCCGUUUUUCAACUGCGUCGAUGAGCCCAGCCUGUGCUACUUCUAUGAUGGCGACGGCGUGUGCGAGGACUUCGAGCAGGAGAGCAGCGUACGGGACUGUGGCCUCUACACUCCCAGCGGCUUCUUGGACCAAUGGGCCCAUGCAGUGGAGGUGUCCCACGAGGAACGUCUGCACUGUCCUGCUGAGGUGGCUGCUGGGUACCCUGCUCUGACCAAGACCUGCCAAUCCAAAGUGUUCGACCUAUCAGAUGGGGUGUCUCAAUACGCCUGGUUCCCCUGUCGGGAGUCCCCUCAGCCGAGCUGGCAACCACAGUACUGGCUCAAGGCAUACUUCUCCCAUCCCAUGGUGGCCGCGGCGGUUAUCAUCCACCUGUCUGCCGAUGGGACCAGCUACAGUGACCAGACGCAGCGCAAUGUCACCGUUCAGCUGGUGGACACCAACAGCCAGUUCCAUAACUUAGGAGACUGGCGCCUGAGCUGCCGGAACAACCCCCUGGUGAUCCCGGUGGUCCACGACCUAAGCGUGCCCUUCUACCGCACCCAGGCCAUCUUGGUGCUCUUCAGUUGGCCCCUGGUGGCUAUCUCUGGUGUGGGUCUGCGCUCCUUCCAAUAUUUUGACCCCAUAACCAUCAGCGGCUGCCAGAGCAACGAGAUCUACAACCCCAUGGGUCAGAGCUGCGUGCAUUACUCCUGCGAGGCUCUCGAUUGUGUCGAGCUGCUGGUGCGAAACGCCGCUGUGCAGUGUGCCGGUCUGAAGAACUUCAAUGGCGCCCGCUGCACCGUCUCCUGCGACCGCGGCUACGUGCUCCAGAUCCACCGGGACGAUGACAUCAUCAAAACCCAGUCGGACACCACGGUGACCAUCACGUGCGCUGACGGGAAGUGGAACAAGCAGGUGUCCUGUGAGCCCGUGGACUGCGGCCUGCCCGAUAAAUACCACGUGCACCCAGCCAUCUUCCAGUUCCCUGAGGGCACCACCUACGGCAAGCAAUGCACCUUCCAGUGCAAGGAGCCUGCACAGCUUGUGGGCAUGAAUAACACCCUUACAUGCAUGGAGGAUGGGCUCUGGUCCUUCCCGGAGGCCCUGUGCCAGUUACGCUGCCCGGCGCCCCCGCCUGUGCCCCACGCCACACUGCAGACCAAGCGGUGCGCCACCAACGGCCUCAAAGUCGGCUCCCUCUGCAAGUACAAGUGUGAGCCGGGAUACCAUGUGGCCGGGCGGCCCAAGAGACGGGCUUUCAAGCGGCAGUGUACGGAGGACGGCAGCUGGCUGGAAGGCUCGUGCGAGCCAGUCACCUGCGAGCCACCCCCGGCCAUCUUCUACGGGGCCUACCAGUGCACCAACGGCUUCCACUUCGACAGCAACUGUUGGAUCGACUGCGACGGCACCAGCAGCAGGGACAACCACACGGUGAGACUGCAGGCUCCAUGCAAGCAGGGCCCAAGCAGCAACAUCAUCCGAUGCAAGAAAGACGGAAAUUGGACGGGAUCUUUCAAACUCUGCCCUCAAGUUAAAGGACAGUGUUCUCUCCCGCAGAACCUCAACCCUAACGUUCGUGUCAGCUGUAAAAAGGGCCACGGAAUAGGGGAGGAGUGCGAGCUAACGUGCAAGGACAGCAACAGCAACGUGGUCAUCCUGCAUGGCAAUGUGACGACUGACCUCAUCAUGCGGCAACACUGGACAAACCCUCCCAAAGUCAAGAGCAUUGUUUGUACCAUGGGCCUGCGGUGGUACCCUCACCCAGAAUACCUGCACUGCAUCAAAGGCUGCGAGCCCUUCAUGGGAGACAACUAUUGUGAUGCCAUUAACAACCGCGCCUUCUGCAACUACGACGGAGGAGACUGCUGCCAGUCCACGGUGAAGACGAAGAAGGUGAUCCCAUUCCCCAUGUCCUGCGACAUUCGAGACGACUGUGCCUGCCGGGACCCUGACGCCCAGGAGAACAGGGACCGGGGCCGGGCGCGCUCGCUGGGCUGAGCCGCGUGGGGGGGCUCCCCGCUCGCCCCGGGGGUGGGGAGGGGGAAACCCGCCGGGAGAGCCACAUUAUCCUCCCGACAUGCUGCUUCCAGGAGAGCCUCUCCGCUCAUACUGCACCUUCUCACCCCCCGCCCGCCACUGCCCACCUUCUCACCAGGAACCGCCGAACGAGGACUCUGCGUGGCAGAGAGCAGCAUUCGCCAAGACGGGGAAAAUGGACGAAUGGGGGAAUGCUGUCUCAACAGCUGAACCAGCGAAAGACGGGGAGGGGGGUUAAAGGGAUCUGCGGAGACAGAGGAUAACUGGGAUGUUCCGAGCGCGAGUCCAGAGAGCAUGCAGACGUGUAGUUUGGUCCCUGCUUUAUAUUUCAUUGUUACAACUGAACAAUAACCUCAUUUUCAUUAAGAGUACAGGAUAGCACCAAAGCCCCAAAUAAAGUGUUUUUAGUGUAUUUUUUUUCUCAAAGUGGUAUUGAAGGUACAGGUCCAGGCCAGCUGGGAUUACUUAUGAUCUUGUGCUGUUGCAUAUGACCUUUGAUCUUUACCCCCAGGUGACUGCGAUGAGGUCGUCUCGACCUCCAGUGUCUCUUGCUUAUCCAUCACAGGAAAGUGGUUAAGAUUCAGGGAUCUAGAUGCUGAUCUGGAUUGUGAUUGUACACCGGUGAGAAGGGGAGGGCCGAGGUGGAGGGGGUUUGAGGCAAGGGUCCCCACAGUAUGUCUGUGGCCGGGUUAGGAGGGUACUAGCACAGCUGGGCCGUGUCAGAGGAAUAAAACUUUCCGGAAGCUGGAAGAGGGAUUGGAGACAGCUAGCAACCAUUCCAAGUGAAAGCGGAAGAGAAAUGGAAAGGGGGGGGAGGGGUGAUUAAGGAUGAGAGGUGGCAAAGACAGGAGGGUUGGCGGCGGGGCAUUCUGGGUAAUCUGUGAUGACGCGGCUGUGGUGCUGCUGCAUUCGCCAACAUGCGCCAUGAGACCAACUGCGUCCUGCCAGACCAUGUAGUGUUCUAACCACAUAGAGUUCAGUCCGCUGGCGAUCUAGCCUCUGAUCUGGGCACAUCUGUGCUCACCUCUAAAAGUAUUUGCUACACUCUCACCAAACAGCGUACAGUAUUACACUUUUUCACUAUCUCACUCGCACACAUGCGCGCGCAUACUUAGCUGCAGCCCUCAACACUUCAGAUUCCUCAAGGGUAUUCGCGAUUCUGUCUCCUACCCCCCCAAACUACCCCCCCCACCCCCAUCAAUCUGGUCGCACAACCACUUGUUGGGCAGUCUGGCCUCACCCGAAGGCCUCCGCGAGUCACCUGUUUGUUAGCUGUUCAUGUUUGCUGUCGGCUGUGAAUAGCUAUGUGUGUCAUUCCAAACCAGCCGCCAAUCUAUGACUUGUUCAUGCCAAACGAUGAGACGCAGAGGGAAAAAAGACCUAGAACAAAAUCCAAAACAUAAAAUGAGGGGCUGAAAAAACACCUUAUGCCAGAGAAACAAAAGAAGAUAAUUUUCUAUUGAUGUUUUAUGUAGUAAUUCCGGUUGUGUGUAUCACAUUACAUAUGUUACCAUAUUACUGUAAGUACGAAGGAAUGCGCUAAACAGAGUAUAUAGUUUUAAAUUUUUAUUUGUAUUUUUUAUUUUUAUUUUUUUUUUUUACAAAAUACUUAUAUUUAAUCAGUAUUCUUAUCAUUGAUCUCAGUUACUGCACUUGUUUUUUUAAUAUCAUUUAUGAAAAAAAGAAAAAAAAAACAAAAAGUCUACUUUAAAAAGCUGCUAUGGUCUGACAGGUAAUAUUAAAUGUGUAAUAUAUUUUAUGUCACUUAUUUUAUAGUGCUAUUAUGUUUUCUUUUAAAUUUGUUGUUACUUUUGUUCUGCUUGCUGUGCACCUGAAUUUAUACGUUGGAGUAUUUUCAAAGGUGAGAUGAAAGGCCGCAUAGAACGGACAUAAGGCUUAGAGAUGUGUACAAUAACACAAAUAUGGAGUCAGAUAUUUGGACAGUUAUACUGUCAUUUCAGUAAUCAUGAUUAGGCCGUGGAAAGAUGACAUUCAUUCUGCUUGGUGUGAUUCUGUUAAUUCACUUCUAUUGUAUCUGGUUACUGUAUUUGAUUUUCUUUAUAGCACCCUAUUUCUCUGAAAACACACAGAAAAUAUUGUACAAAAAAUCUACAAACUAUAGAAAGAGGACAUUUUAUAAACACAAUGUGCAGAAUGGUUUUGCCCAGACAAAAUGAUACAGCGAGCAGAUGAAUACCACGUAAUAUAGGUAGAAACUUCAAAAGAUCAAAUGUAAUUUGCUUCAAAUGUAAUUUAAUUCCAGUUAAGAUUGUUUUUCGCCCCACGUAUAGCUCUUGUUAAUGGAACCGUAUUAUAUUGACAUUGUUAAAAAUAUGUUACGAGAAAUCACUGCUUUCUAAAAGUAUGAAGUAUUACCCUGGGCGAAAAAAAACUACACAACUAGAGUAUGUGCUCAUAUUGAUGGAAAUACGGUAAUCUAAUAUCAAUGUAUUAAAAGGACUGCUUUUCGAAUGACCACACAGCCACAUUUCCUCUUGCGGUUGUUUGCAUCCGGUUUCCUCUGACUACAUCACAGUAGUCUCCGCAACAACAGACCAAAACUGUGACCUGUCAGUCUCAGCGUAAACGUGAGAGUGAAUUUCAUCAUAUCGCGACUGCUCCUGUGAAACACACAACUUGUAAUUUAGAUUGUCUGUUGUGUUUUUUUUUUUAUUAUUAUUUCUUAGAACUGUAUGGUACUGGGCACCUUUCUGAAGCCAUAAAACCACGUUAGGAGUUGAAUGUUGAAUCAAUAUUCAGAUGAUAUUAUUUCAGAAAAAAAGGAAUAUGUUAACAGUCUACUGUAAACAUCAUAUGAUUUUGUUUUAUUCUUUUUUUACUGUACCUCAUGCCUGUAAUGUUUGCUGCUUCUAUAUUUAGGUAUCGUUGUAAUUUAAAUCUCUUAGCAAUAUAUAAUGGUGUAAAUAGUAGAAUUAUUUAUUAAGAAUGUCAUACUUUUAAGUUAUAUUCUCAGUGUUCAUCUAAAUUAUUUUUUACUUUGCUGUUAAAAACCAACUUUCUUGGUACGAUUGGAACUAGUUUUAAUUUUUUUUCUUCCCCUCUUGUCCCUCUCUAUUCUUUUAUCAUUAUAUAUAUAUAUAUAUAUAUAAAAAUAUAUAUCUUUUUUUUUGGUCAUGAAAUGUAGGUCUAACCUUACUGCACAAAAAAAGAAAAAGAUGUCCCACCAAAUCACGGGGAUGAAGUGUGCUGCUCUUUCCGUAAAGUUUUAUAUGAUUCUUUCCAGUGAUUUGAUGAAUAUUGUACUUUGUCUUUGUUGUUGCAUAUAGUGUGCAAGAGUCUGUCUAUUUAUACAAAUACAG